UGUAGGCUGGCUCGGACAAUGGAACCGCUGGCAAGGAAGAUCUUUAAAGGAGUGUUAGCAGCUGAGCUUGUGGGUGUUGCUGGAGCUUACUGUUUGUUUAAAAAGAUGAACUCCAGCCAAGAUUUCAGACAAACAAUGAGCAAGAAAUUUCCCUUCAUUUUGGAAGUUUAUUACAAAUCCAUUGAACAGUCUGGAAUGUAUGGAGUUAGAGAGAAAGAUCAGGAAAAAUGGUUGACUAGCAAAAACUAAGGCCAGUCAUCUCGCUCAGCUUCCCACUUGAGCUGUUUGAAACCUUUGAAGGGAGACGACAGAUGAGUCUGUGCCCGGGACUCCACAGAUGCUCCCUGACCGUAACUGCAGGCCUGCGGUUUCCCACCCACUGUUUGCUGCUCUCCUCUACUGGAUAGUUGAGGAAUUCACAAGUGAAAAUAUAGGAUUUAUACUGGAAAGAUUUUUCUUUUCUAUUUUAUGAAAGAAUAGAAACUAGUGAUUAUAACAUCAGGAAUAACUACAAAGUCUUCAUGCAUGUGAGAGUACACCUUUAGCUGAGUCUAAAUAAAAUAGACUGACUCUUGAGGAAAAAA